AUGAAAUUUAUUAACUCUAUUCAAACUCCAAAGAGCGAAUAAUAAUAAAUUAUAUUACCUAAUAUAAGAAUUCGAUCAAAUACAAUGCAUUAAAACAAAUAAAAAGCCAAUUAUUAGAAAUAGAUUUCUUUAAAUAAUGAACCAUAAAAAGAUAGUAGCCAUCAAUUAAAUACAUCAAGAAUUAAUAAUAUUUUUCAAAUGGAAGUUAUGAGAAAAAAAUUUGAAUAAUUAAAAGUUUCAUUGUCUCAUUCUACUUAAGAAGAUGUUAAAUUAUUAAGUUAAACUAAGCGAUAGUACUAAAAGUCAAAAUAAAAAACUUAAUGUGAUGAAUCUAUUUAAAGAAUAAAUGAGUAUUAAUUGUUUAAAAGAAAAAUAGAUGAAAACAUUAAAAAAGAACUUAAAUAAAUUUAAGAAUCUCGCUAAAAAUUUAUGAGAUGUGUAAUGGACACUAGAUAAAGAAAUCGAUCUUUAUAAAUUUAUGGCGAUGAUUUGACUCCAGUAAUAAACAAAGAAAAAGCAAUUUUAUAAAUUUAAAAAGAUUAAAAAGGUUGUUAUUAUUUAUUUGAUAGCUUAGUAAGAUUUGCUAGACACUAUUCGAAAAUAAUACACUUAAAGAUCUCCUAUGGGUAAUGCUUAUUGUGGUAUUAAAGCCUUAAAUAAGAAAUCUUAAUAAAAGGUUAUUAGAAGAAUGAAUUGA